GUGAAGCGGAUUUAUGAGGAUUUUACUCAACGGGAAUUGGAGGAGAAAAUUGCUGAGAUAAUUCAGCCUGAAAAUUGCAAGGCUCGCGUUGAAGUCGUCUUCCAAACUGUGGGGAAACUCCAUGAGGCUAUACCGGAGCAUUUGGGCGACUGGUACUUCACCGGAAACUACCCAACCUUGGGAGGCGCGGUGGUUUGUAAGAGGGCCUUCACGUUAUGGAUGGAAGGGCGUGGGGAUGAACGGUGUUAUGGUGUAUCUUCGGGAGGAGGCACUAAUGUAUUGGUAGUGGGGUCGGGGGGACGAGAGCAUGCUUUGGCUACUGCUAUUGCGGCUAGUCAUAAAGUGAAGAGAGUCUAUGUUGCUCCGGGCAAUGCAGGGGAGCAUGAGAAAAUAAUGAAUAUACCUGCAUCGAAUGCCUCGAAGGAUGCCAUUGUUGCAUAUUGCCGUAAGAAGCAUAUCAGUUUGGUGGUGAUAGGCCCGGAGCAGCCCUUGGUGGACGGCGUGGGGGAUGUAUUGCAAAGUGCAGGG